UCGUGACUUUUUUUCUCUAUUUUUCGUCGGAUUGUAUACGUUCCGGAGAAAGGGGACGAGGCAGAAUCCGCGCAUUAAUGGUCGAAACGUUUGGCACGGAUUUUCUUGGGUUUAUUUUUUCCGAGACAUAGUCGGCUCACCUUCCCGCGUUUUUUUCGUUAGCCAUCGAUGUCGGCAGCGUUUCGUUUUCCUUGGAAAGUCUCUGAGAUUACUUCGGUUUACUGACAGAAACUCCCAAUUAUUUUCGAAAGGGUCGAGAGAGAAAUAUUGUUGCUUCGUUAAUUGAAAUUCGGUUGAGAUGUUUCGCGCAUAUUUCGUAGGGAACUACUCACGUAAAAUCUUGUUACUCCAAGAGCUCUUAGUUGGACUCAGGCCAUUUUAAAUUUCCUCCAAAUAACAUCUAAUUUACUUCCACUUUAUUGUCAUAUAAUAUUUUGAGGUUGAAAUAGUAACGAAGUUUGUAUCUUGAGCCAUUGAGUGAGACACGGCCGAGUUACCAUUUUUAUUAAAAUGGCACCUCCUAAAGUAUUAAAUGGGCAGAACAAACAGAAUGUCAAUACUAUGGGCCUCCGUAAAGGAAUUACUACACGGAGUCAGAAUUCACUAGUCUCAAAUACGUUGGCUAAACAGCCACUUGUUAUAAAAGAUCCUAGAAUUAAACGGAAAGCUGAUGCCUCUCCACUCAAAGAAAAAACUACUAAGAGAUCGGCACUGGGAAAUAUUACUAAUGCUAUUGGGAAAUCAUUUGGAGCACAACUUCAUGAACCAAAAAAACUUGUAAAAAAAGCAAUUGUUACACAAACUAAACCAAUUGUACCGACAAGUUCAUUGCGAACUCUUGAAAAGAUUUUGGGAAAACCUGACAAUGUAGUACCAGCUAAGCCAAAACCAGUACCUAAAGUGAAACCUGUUAAGAAAGAUGAUGAGAAAGCGGAAGUUCCUAGCAAAAUUGUCAAUGUUCGACGGAGUCUUGACUUAGAGAAAUCAGAAGAUGGCUCGCUUUAUGUCAGUGCCUUAGAAGAAAUUUCUACAGAUAGUGGGAAGAAGACUACUCGAACUAACAUUAAUGUGGACGAAAAUAAGGAUGUAAUUCCAGAAGUAAAGAAAGAACUAGCUGAAGAAAAGACACAAAGUCCUGCAACCACAGAGAAAGCAGAAUCUAUUGUGUUAAGACUGAAUGCGGCACCGAAAAGACAGUUACCAGAAGGAGUUCAGUGGGACUUUGAUGUGGAAAACUGGUUGGAUCCUUAUCAAGUCUCUCCAUAUGCAAUGGACAUUUUUAACUACCUUAAAGAAAGAGAAAGUCAUUUCCCCAUAGGUGAUUACAUAGAAAGACAGGUGUGCCUUUCAAGAUGGAUGAGGUCGUUGCUUGUUGACUGGAUGGUUGAGGUCCAAGAGUCCUUUGAACUGAACCAUGAGACUUUGUAUCUAGCAGUAAAACUGGUUGAUCUUUACUUGACCAAAGUUACCGUUGGAAAAGAAACGCUCCAGCUCUUGGGUGCAGCAAGUCUGUUUAUUGCUAGCAAAUUUGACGAGAGAAUACCACCAAUGGUAGAAGACUUCUUGUACAUAUGUGAUGGUGCAUACACACAACGAGAAUUAAUUAGAAUGGAAAUGAAUGUCCUGAAAAUAGUUGACUUCGAUCUUGGAAUACCUCUUUCCUACAGGUUUCUUCGUCGAUAUGCCAGAUGUGCCAAACUGUCCAUGCCAACAUUAACUUUAGCCCGAUACAUUUUGGAGUACUCACUGAUGGACUAUGCAACAAUAAUGUACAGCGAUAGUAAAAUGGCAGCAGCUGCACUUCUCCUUGCACUGCAAAUGAAAGAUCUCGGAGGGUGGACUCCUACUUUGGAAUAUUAUACUGGAUACAAAGUAGACGAUUUCAGAGAUAUUAUGAAUGUGUUGAAUCAAGGACUGCAUCGAAAACAUAAAGAAGGCCUUGCAACGGUCCGCAAUAAAUAUAGCCAUAAGAUAUACUUUGAAGUUGCAAAGGUGCCACUGAAAGAUGUUUUAAAUGUGUAGUUUAGUCUGCCUUAAGGGAGUACUACGAUUCUAGACAGAUACAUGGCUGAUUGUGCAGCAAUGACUUUCUUUGGUACAUUCCAAAGAGAUUGAACAAAGAGAACCUCAUUGGAAUGCAGAUCGAGGGCCUACUCCUCAGCAUGUCAUAUUGAGGUAAAACUUAGACGUUCUAUUUACCCCGAGGAAGUAAUUUUUAGGGGUCAAAACAAUCCCAAGUGCCCACUCAUAGGCUAUUCUAUCGGUGAGGAAGAAUUUGUCAGGAACAACUUACAGAUACUAUUUUUGUACACCUAUUUAUACAUACUAAUAGCUUCACAACUGACUCGACACUAUCAGUAUUUGUAAAUUAUUUUGAUUUUCUUUAUUGUUGAGAAAUUUAUUAUAGCGCCACGCUUUUGUACUUGAUAACGUUAUUAUGACCUCUCUCAGGACAGUCUUUUUUUAACGAAUGUAUUUUCAAUCCCCUUUAUUUUUAAGACUCUGACAGGCACUAUCCAUUGUUCAUUCCCGUUACUUUAAUAAAUUAAAUUGUAAUAUAAAUUAAAAUAAUGUGGAGAAUAUAUAGUGCCGAUGGACCUGUCAAUUGACUUUGACGAAAUCAGAAGAAAUACAAAAGCCAUAACAUAUGGUGGACGUUGUAUAUUCCAUGCUGCUGGCAUGUCAAAAGUGUGGCGUAUUGUUAUGCAUUAUUAUUACACUUUAUUCAGACUGAUAACAACGGUAAACAUGACGUCGACCAGCGCAGGGAUUUAAUACUUAUCAAAAGACAGACGAAAUGUAUCGGCAAUAUGUCUAGAAUUUCUGAGAUAGAAAAUUUAAUUGUGACGUUUUACGUGAAUAAUUAUUUCGUUCCGAUCAAGAUUAAAGAAUUUUCGUAGAAUGUUUUAAGUAAGAGUAGACGGCGUAUGGCAUUGGCAGGAAUGUAUUAGGGAAAAAUUGAUUGAUAGGGAAUAGACAAUAAUUAAGAAUACCAAUUUUGAAGAAAAAGUAAAUUGAUCAAAUUGCUCGUAGUGAAGUCUCAUGUCUGACUGACGGAAAUUUGCUCCGACCACAGAAAAUUAUUUUAACAGUUUAACGUUAGUAUAGAAUCAAUUUGUAAUUUAAUUUGAUUGUCGUUUGCACCAGUGUCCGCAUGAAAGAUCUGUGAUAUGUCGAUAUACAACAAAAUCGUUGUCAUCUUUAGAACCGCUGGUUUAAUCAAUUUAGUCUGUAUAACUUCUUAUAACCAGUGAACUACGAAAGGUCGAAAAUUUAAACGCAAUUACGCGUAACUCCGAUGGAUAAAAUUUCACAGAUAUUGGAUAGGAAGGAAUACAUUGAAAGGCAUGCUUUUUGCACGUCCUAGUUAUUACCAAGCAAAGCAUUAUUACAUAUGCAUUAAAGAAUUCAAUGCUGGUUUGCAAUUUGACUGACAUGUAGUUAGGAGAAACAAGUCGAUCCAAUGAAAUAAAUUUGCUGACCCUAGGAAAACCAGACUGGUUUUAAUUUCAAUUGCUUCGGUGGAUUUAAUUGUAUACAUUGUCAAAAGAGAAAUAACAAGGGAUUCAUUAUGAUAGUUUAUAUAUUUUAUAAGUAAGUUAAAUUCGUAUAUGCGAAAGUGCAAGACCAAUUUGCGAGUGUAGAAGCAAUGUACAUAAGUUGCUUUUAAAACCAGCAUAUUACUGCCAAUAAGAUGAAUGUAAGAAUGCAUGUGCAGGCAAAUGUGCCAUUACGUAAAUUACGCGGUGUAAAUAAUUGUUAUUAUAGUGUACUAUUUUUUUACCAUCAAAUAAGUGUAUUAGUGUCUACAAAGGUGUGUAUGUGGAUCAUUAUAUCAAUGAGAUCUUAAUUUAAUUAAUAAAAUCAUGGUAUGACGAUGUCGCCGCCCUCUA